UACGCGAAUCAACCGAGGACGCACACUCAGGUUCAUGGAGAAUGUUGAAGAUUGUGGUCUGUAACGUAAUGUUCAGGAUGGAUGUAGAUACGGCUGCUACAUAAAACAUGGGGAUGUGUCCGCCCCUGCCGUUGCCAAAGAGCAUCACCACCAGACUGACUUUGGUCAUUUGAAGUCUGAGGAAUUUAACCCAGUCGCAAUGUUGUUUACGCCGAUUCGAUCGGGCUUGGCCUCGCUUCUUGCGCUGGCAAGCUGUGCAGUGGCGCAAAAUGUCAAAGCCAUCUACCUCUUCAAAGAUGUCAUGCAGUCCGACACGCACGCUCUCAAAACAUCGGGCUUCGAUACCGUCCUCCUCUUCCGCAUAGGCAUCCUGCCAAACGCCGAUCUGGUCUACUACUCGACCGGCAGCGACGGUAACCCCGUCGACUGGCCCGUAGUAACCAACGGAAGCUACGUGGGCGGCCAGGCCCUCACCGACAAGAUCACUUCCCUCAAGACGGCCCCGACAUUGAUCGAGCGCGUCGAGGUCUCGCUGGUGUCGCACGACACCACGUUCCAGGUGAUACGCGACCGCAUCGCCGCGGACGGCACGGGGGCCUCGACGCCGCUGUACCGCGCGUUCGACGUGCUCAAGCAGACCUGGGAGCUGGACGCCUUCAACAACGACGACGAGAGCGUCUACCACGUGCCCAGCACCGUCGACUUUGCGCAGAUGCUGGGCCUCAUGGGCUACAAGUACUCGACCGCGCCGUACACAAACAUGAACUUUUGGGCCGACGUGCAGAACCGCAUCAACGCCUCCGUGCCGGGUCUGCUCGACCGCCAAUACCUGCAGGUGUACGACGGAGGGGCGGCCAACAACCCGGGGACCUGGCAGACACGCCUCGGCAUGAAGAUCGUGCCGCUGCUGUGGGUCAACAAUGACUACAAGCCCGACCAUGGGAACACCCCGGCCCAGGCGCAGACCAGAUUCGCCAACUGGAACUCGCAGUACAACCUCGCGGGUGGUGGUUACUGGAACGACUACGACAUUGAGAAGCUCAACUCGUCGUAUGAGGGAUAUGGAGGCGCCCUUACAAGCGUGUUUGGGCAGUAAUGAUAAUGGUGACGACGGUGAUGACGAAUGUUGAAUAUUAGGGAAAAGGCGGCAUGUGAUGAGCUUGAUAAGAUCCCUUGAGGUGCCCAUAUAUGGUUAAAGGGGGUUCGCCAAACGACCAACCGGAUUACGGCUUACUCCUGCAGACCAAGGUGUGCG